AUGAAUAAUUGUCGCUCUUUAUUAUUUUUAUUUUUUAAUAAAAAACCAUAUUGUAAUAGUAUUAAUAGAAAUAGUAGGAGCAAUAUUCAAUUAAAACAUAUAUUUUUAAAUUAUAAUCAAAAAAGAUUUGCAGGGCAUAAUAAAUGGAGUAAAGUUAAGCAUAUAAAAGUUGCAAAAGAUGGAGAACGUAGUAUGUUAUUUGCUAGAAUAUCAAAAGAGAUUCAACUUUCAGUAAAAGAGGGAGGUACUUCAGAUCCGAGUCUUAAUGUAAGAUUAGCAGCAGCUCUUGCACAAGCAAAGAAAGUCGGUUUACCCAAAGAUACAAUGGAAAAUGCAAUUAAAAGGGGAUUAGGACAAGGAAAAGAUCAAAAUAAUAUUGAAAGUUUAAAAUAUGAAGCAUACGGACCUGGAGGAGUAGCAUAUAUAAUAGAGGCAUUGACGGAUAAUAAGAAUAGAACAUCUAAAGAGAUUAAAAGUCAUUUCAAUAAAGCUGGGUACGAGGAUCAAUGUCAAGUGUUUCAUGGAUGGUCAAUUCAAUUUCAUUCAGGCAACAAUAAAGAAAAAGACACAAUUGAUAAAAUGAUGGAUAAUGUUAUAGAGAUUGAAGGAAUUGAAGAUAUAAAAGAAAUAACAUGUGAACCUUUGAAUGUCAACAAAAUUACUAAAGAAAUAAAAGAGAAAUAUGAUUAUGAAGUAAUAAGUAUUAGGAAUAGUGGAUAUAUUCCAAAGACAAAAGUUAGUGUUAAUGAAGAAUUGAUGGAAGUAAUUAAUAAAUUGGAGGAUGGACUGAAUGAAGUUGAAGAUGUAGUAAGAAUUUACAAUAAUUUUGAAUAA